AUGCUGAAUUUAAGGGAAACGAAAGUGCUCGUUAGGCAAACAAUCGCGUCAACCGCCAAUCAAUUUUUGAGCGCUCAAGAGAAAUAUAUUAAAAUACCGAUAGUCGACAAUAAAGAGUUAAGGAAGGAUUUAAUCGCGCGCAUUGAAGCUGUUACGCUGAAAAUAAUAGAACAUAUAUCUACCGGACAGGCACCGUACAUAUCGUACUUUAGCGACCAAAAUGUUAUUUCAAAAUCCAGCGUACGUGAAGAGAACGUUUAUCCAGAAUGCUCAGUCGAUCCUCGAACGAAAACGAUGUCCUUCAACGAUAACUUAACUGAUUUUGCCGAAGAGCAAGAAGCAGAUGAUGGAGAUAAUCCUAAAAAUCCUAAAAAUCCUAAAAAUUCUAAAAAUCCUAAAAAUCCCAAAAAUCCUAAAAAUUCGGGAAAGACAAUCGUCGAUUUCGCGGUGAAAAGCAGCAGAAAUAAAUUUGUUCUAAUGGUAGUACUAAUGGCCGAGGCUCAUCGUUUGCUGUUAACAAACACGGCUAAGACCAGACGAUCAUUUUAUUACGAUCUGAAGAAUGAGACCACCGACGAUUUGGUACCUAAUCAAAGAUACGUCGAUCGUACGUUGAACGAUGUCGCUAAUUUAUUAGAAUGCGCGCCAUGGGAUUUGAGACUGCUGGCAACGGCUAAAGGAUUGGUGGCAGGAAAUAUGACCAUCACACUAGUCGACAAUCAAGUCAUUGAUUGUACGAUAUCGGGUGGCGCGCAGAUUCCGCAGAUUAUUUCGAACGUAACUUCCAUUCGUCUGAAAGCCGAUUUCGUCUUGGUCAUUGAGAAGGACGCGGUCUUUCAAAAAUUGCUCGAGGAAAACUGCACUCGCGCUCUAGGAUGCAUUCUAGUGACGGGAAAGGGCUAUCCGGACGUAGCUACGAGGAUGCUGGUCAAAAUGCUAUCCGAGAAGAUGGACUUACCGGUUUAUAUAGUCGUAGACCCGGAUCCUUUUGGCGUAGACAUCAUGUUAAUUUAUCGCUUCGGCUCGUCGACUCUUCGUAAAGAAAACGAGACCCUGGCUUGUCCUAAUGCGCGUUGGCUCGGAAUCCAUCCCUCGGAACUGAUUACUUUAGGAGCGAAAACAAUUCCGCUCACCAACGCUGAUCUUGUAAGAUUGAGAUCCAUCGAAGCCCGGAGUUACGUAAACGAAGCUAUAUCGAAACAACUGAGUAUAUUGCGUAAGGGCAAGGCAGAAAUAGAGGCGGUGUCCUCUUUUGCAAAGAACUUUUUUACUGCGACGUAUUUAUCUUACAAAAUAGAUGGCCAGGAUUAUAUUUAA